UCCAGUAGGCGCAGGAAGCUACCUGACAGGUACCCCAACUAAAAACCUGACCUUUUUCACUUUCUUCUUCCUUUCAACCGUCAAACCGCCUGGCGUGGACUAGUUCUCUCUCUCUCACUCACCAUACCACUUCAACUUCUCCACCUCCAUCUCCCCCCCCGCAAUUCUCCAUGAAACCCUAAUCCCCACUCUCUACCAUGUCAUCCCACACCCCCCUCUUCCUCUUACUACUCGCUUUACUAUCCUUGUCAGCUCCAGUUCUCUCCCAGCAAAACGUCACCGUUCCGUGCCCGCUCAACUUCACGAUCCUGCAGCAGUUCGACCCGGGCUCCAAGCGCCCCCAAAUGAACCAGAACAUGGAGUGCCAGUACAUCCUCCAAGGCCUCCGCCUCGUCGAUUCUCACUACCUCCAGCUCACCGGCAACUUCCUCCCCCCGCCCAACGCCUCCGACUCCUGCUGGUCCGCCUACCAAACCCUCGCCGACCAAUUCGUCGCCGGCUUCGACAUUCGCUCCACCUGCGGCUUCGACACCUCCUGGAUCUCCCAGGGCUGCAUGAACAUCACCACCAAGGCCCAAUUCGAGGACCUCGUCGGCCAGACCGCCCUACGCGACGUCGUUUCCAACUGCAACCAGUCGCUCGAGAACAACUCCCCCUGCGCCGCCUGCACCACCAGCCUCUCCAGCCUCUCCGCCACCUAUUUGACCGGAGAAUCCAUCGGCAACGUCUCCGGCUGCACCGCCUACCCGUCCAUUUACGCCGCCGCGUUCGCCAAUCCGUACGGCCCGACCGAUCACGGCAACGCCAAGUGCUUCUUUCAGCUCGAUUUCACCACGGCCAGCUCCGGUAAGAAGACAAGGACUCUGAUUUUGAUUGUGUUGGUUGCUUGUGGUUUCGGGUUGUUGGUUUUAAUCGGUGGGAUUUGGUUCUCAUGGCACAAGUACGAAGACUAUAUAUUCAACAAGAGGCGAAAGGCUGCUAAUGAUAGAAUUGAGUCGGGUUUGGGUAAUGCAUUAGAGUCCAUUAGUGGGAGUACUACUUUGGUUAAGUUCACAUUCGAAGAGAUUAGCAAGGCUACUAAGAAUUUCUCUAGAGAUAAUAUAAUCGGGAGGGGAGGAUAUGGGAAUGUGUACAAGGGCACUCUGGCUGAUGGCUCUGAAGUUGCAUUGAAGAGGUUCAAGAAUUGCUCUGCUGCCGGUGAUGCGAAUUUCGCUCACGAGGUUGAGGUGAUUGCGAGCGUUAGGCAUGUGAAUCUUGUUGCUUUGAGAGGUUAUUGUACUGCGACGACGCAUUUGGUAGGUCACCAGAGGAUCAUUGUGUGUGAUUUGAUGAAGAAUGGGAGUCUCCAUGACCAUUUGUUUGGAACUUUUGAGAACAAGCUCAGUUGGCCAAUUCGGCAAAGGAUUGCGCUAGGGACUGCGAGGGGGUUGGCUUAUUUGCAUGACGGGGCUCAGCCGUCCAUCAUUCAUAGGGAUAUUAAAGCAAAUAACAUACUUUUGGAUGAGGAUUUUGAGGCCAAAGUGGCGGAUUUUGGACUGGCAAAGUUUACGCCUGAGGGAAUGACGCAUUUGAGCACUAGGGUGGCUGGAACGAUGGGUUAUCUCGCUCCAGAGUAUGCAUUGUAUGGGCAGUUGACGGAGAAAAGUGAUGUUUAUAGCUUUGGUGUUGUGAUGCUUGAGCUUUUGAGUGGAAAGAAAGCACUCCAUGUGAACAAUGAUGAGCAGCCGUCACUUGUGACGGAUUGGGCAUGGUCCAUGGUGCGAGAAGGAAAAGCGCUGGAUGUCAUUGAAGAUAUGCCAGAGAAGGGUCCACCUGAAGUUUUAGAGAAGUAUGUAUUGGUUGCCGUUCUUUGUUCUCAUCCACAGUUGUAUGCUAGACCAACAAUGGAUCAGGUUGUAAAAAUGUUGGAAACAGACUUGUCAGUUCCCUCAAUCCCGGAAAGACCAAUUCCCCUUGUGGCCGAGAUUGAUGAUAUAGAAAGAUACAGUAGCAGUGGCUCAAUUCAGCUCUCUAGUACAGGAGGCUUCCAGACUUACACAUUUGAAAGUAGCCUUCCUCGCGACCAUAAGGGAGACGGAGAAAGUUCAGGUUCAACAACAGAAGGGAGGUGACUCUGGCAAGAGAUGAGUAUUGACUCUUUGACAGAGAAUUUCCACUAAUUGGUAUGCUCACCCAAUUUGUUUGUUGGUUUUGAUUGUAUUGUUUCUAAGCUUGUAUCAAACUUCCCACUGUAAAGAUAAAUUAGAUGUAUGAUUAGGGUUGAUUCUUUUAGGCAGAAUAGUUCAAGUUCCACAUUUUUUGCGAUCAGACUUGUCGAUGUCAAUGUCAAUAUCACAUUUGUACCAUAUUUGGACGUGAUUUAGAUAGAUAGAUGCACAACAUUUUUCUGGAGUGAA